UGUACACACACCUCUCCAGAAGGGAAGGACUCUGCUUCGCACAGAGGACACCCAGAGGGCUCACACACUGCACCUUGUGAGCCCCUCCCGCGAGUCCUCGGCUAAGGGCCACGCGCACAAAGGACAGGUACCCAGCUGUUCAUUGAGGUACACAUGGGCAGAGACUACUGAGGCACGCACGCACCUGGAGGGGCCCCUGGCCCACGUGGGCACAAACAGGUAAGAGGUGCUUACAUGGGCACACACCUACAGAGUACUUGCUGGGCCUGCAAGUACACACACACAAUCCUCACAUACCGAGGAUCCAGAGGCGCACACAGCCCGAGGGCACUCCCAGGGCCCGCGGGCACACUCACAGAGCCAUUCACACACUCAGAGUAUGUUGUUACACGUGCGUAGCCAGGGUGCCCCCGCACACAAUCACACAUCUGGAAGGAGUUCGCGCGCGGGCACACACCUAGAGGGCGCUGCCAGGGCCCGAAAGCACGCGCGCACCUAGGUGUUCCACCAGCGCACACCCAGAGGACGUAGACGCAUGCCUAGGGGGCGCUCGCACGGCCCCCGCUCCCACGCACGCACACACACCCCUGGCCUGCCUCCCGCCCGCCUCCGCCUCCGCCUCCGCCUCCGCCUCCGCCUUCCCGGAGGCCCGAGCCGGCGCGGGGCGGUUCGGCAGCCACCCGGCGGGAGGCGAUCCAGGGAGGUGCGGGGAGUGCCCCCGAGGCGCGGCCGGCAUGGAGGCGCUGCUGCUGGGCGCGGGGCUGCUGCUGGGCGCCUACGUGCUGGUCUAUUACAACCUCGUCAAGGCCCCGCCCUGCGGUGGCAUAGGCAGCCUGCGCGGCCGCACGGCUGUGGUCACGGGCGCCAACAGCGGCAUCGGGAAGAUGACGGCGCUGGAGCUGGCGCGCCGGGGCGCGCGCGUGGUGCUGGCCUGCCGGAGCCGGGAGCGUGGCGAGGCGGCGGCCUUCGACCUCCGCCAGGAGAGUGGGAACAAUGAGGUCAUCUUCAUGGCCUUGGACUUGGCCAGCCUGGCCUCCGUGCGGGCCUUUGCUACUGCCUUCCUGAGCUCUGAGCCACGGCUGGACAUCCUCAUCCACAAUGCCGGGAUCAGUUCCUGUGGCCGGACCCACGAGCCAUUUAACCUGCUGCUGCGAGUGAACCACAUUGGCCCCUUCUUGCUGACACAUCUGCUGCUGCCGCGGCUGAAGACAUGCGCCCCGAGCCGCGUGGUGGUGGUGUCCUCAGCCGCCCACCGGCGGGGGCACCUCGACUUCACCCGCCUGGACCGCCCAGUGGUGGGCUGGCGGCAGGAGCUGCGGGCAUAUGCCGACAGUAAGCUGGCCAACGUAUUAUUUGCCAGGGAGCUCGCCACUCAGCUUGAGGGCACUGGUGUCACCUGCUAUGCAGCCCAUCCAGGGCCUGUGAACUCAGAGCUAUUCCUGCGCCACGUUCCCGGAUGGCUGAGCCCGCUUCUGCGCCCACUAGCUUGGCUGGUGCUGCGGACACCAAGAGGGGGCGCCCAGACACCCCUGUACUGCGCUCUGCAGGAGGGCAUUGAACCCCUCAGUGGGAGAUAUUUUGCCAAUUGCCACGUAGAGGAGGUGCCCCCAGCUGCCCGCGAUGACCAAGCGGCUCACCAGCUGUGGGAGGCCAGCAAAAGGCUGGCAGGGCUUGGUCCUGGCCAGGGUGCCCAACCUGAUGAAGACCCCCAGCCUGCGGACCCAGGACCCCCAUCUUCCCCGAGCGGUCCCCUCCCUGAGGAGCCCACAGCUUCUGAACCCCACCCCAGCCCUCAGAAUUACUUGUCUAAGGUCACACACCGAAUUCAGGUUAAAACUGAACCUGAGCCCUAAAUCUCCUAAUCCCCAAGCUGGAGUGCUUGCCAAUGGCACUUGGUGGCCCUUGAAAACCCGAACUGCAUGCCAGGCCGUGCCUUGGGCACUGAGAGGUUUGCAGUUUUUACCUCCAUGGUUUCUUUCUGGAGCUUCAAGUUGUGUUCUUCUGAGCGGCUCUUUUCCUGGUGGAAGUAAAUCGUGGGCGAGGAUUUCUUCCUGAGAAUAA